AUGACAAAGAGAUACUCAAGAAUUGCAAUCAUAGGAGGUGGUCCAGUCGGAUUAGGCGUUGCAAAAGCAUUAGGAUUGGAAAAGUUUCCUCAAAUUGAUUUAUUUGAAAAGAAUUCAAAGUUUGGAGGACUUUGGAAUUAUGAAGGUCCAACAACUACACGUCCUUCAAUUCCUAGUGUCCAUCAUUCAGACCCUGAAUUCAAUAACGAUGAGAAGAGUCCAAUGUAUAAAUACUUAGAAACUAAUAUCACCAAAGAGAUUAUGCAAUACAAAGAUUUCCCAUUUCCUGAAGAAUGCGAAACUUUCCCUACUAGACAAGAAGUUUUACAGUACAUUCAAAACUAUGGAGAAACUCUUUCUACAGAUGUUAAUGUUUUGUUCAAUUCAAAUGUUUUGAGUGUGGAGAAAAUUGAUGAUGUUUGGAAAGUUGAAGUUACAAUUGAUGGAGGAAAUAUAGAAACUAGAGAAUAUGAUGCAGUUGUGUUGGCUAAUGGUCACUAUAAUCAACCUUAUAUCCCUGAUGUUGAAGGAUUGAAACAAUGGAAUAAAUUGGAAGCAGGGAGCAUAACACAUGCUAAAUAUUUCAAUGAAUCCUUAGAUUUUAAAGAUAAGACAGUCUUAGUUAUUGGUAAUUCUGCCUCGGGGUUAGAUAUUGCUCUUCAGUUGUCCACUGUUGCUAAGAAAGUUUACAAUAGUGUUAGAACACCAUCGCCAGUUGCUGAUAUCAAGAUCCAUGGAGUUGAAGAGAUUGGAGAAAUUGUGAAAUAUGAUUACUUGAAUAGCAAGACUGUUGUUACUAAAGACGGUGCACAUUAUAAAGACAUUGAUGCUGUCAUAUUUUGCACAGGGUAUUUGUACAAAUUCCCAUUCUUGAAGUCAUAUUUAAGCGGUGAUGAUGCAUUGUUGACAAAUGGUGAGCGUGUUAGAAGGUUAUAUAAACAUUUAUUCUAUAUUCCUGAUCCAAGUCUAGUGUGCGUUGGCUUACCAAAAAGUGUUAUUGUUAUGCCAUUUGCAGAAUGUCAAGGAGCUUUCAUUGCUAGGGUUUUAUCUGGUAGAUUACGCUUACCAAGUGAAAAAGAACAAAGAGAGGAAGAGUUGAAAGAAAUUGAAGCCAGGGGCGAAGGUAAAGAGUUCCAUAAUAUAAAACCACCAUUAGAUACUGCGUACUGUCAAGAAUUACAGAAGAUUAUCGAUGAUCAAGGCUUGAAUGAAGGAUUUGAAGCUGAUAGAUGGGGCGAUUAUAGGGUUGGUUUAAGAAAAGAAAGUGGACCUGCAAAAGCCAGAAGAUAUGAACAAAUUGUGGAGCAUGCUAAUAGUUUGCGUGAGAACAAUGAGCCAUAUAGAUUGUUAAGAGGCUAG